UAAAAAUAAUCGAAAUUCUUAUUGGAUAUUAGGUAGACAAUUUUGAAUCACUUCUAUUUUGCAAAAUCUACAAUAUAUUAAUGCAUACUCUGGUUUUACAUAUCCUAAUACUCAUUAAACAAUCUCAAUACAAUAAACAAUAUAUGUAACAAGUAUAUCUUUGUAGGAAAUAUAAUCAAUACUGUUGAUUCUUUUUUCUACAAACAUAUUAUUCAUCUUUACGCCUGACAAUUCAUCAAAUUUGUAAAUCUUAUUUAUAUGUUAACUUGGGUUUUGAUGCUUUUUUUCUUUAAAAACAUUUCACUGCAAUUCAGUCCUCUAUACACAAACUCCAAAACAUCUGGAUCAUUUGUUUGAUUGUAUAUUUAAAGAUUUACUGCUCGAUUCUUGAAAUGCAUAAUGGAUAAGGGGUUUAAACCCAUAUGGUCGUGCAGGACGUUAGCUUCUGAUGAAGCAUCUGCAUUGGAGUACUAUCUGCAGAAGCAACUUGAAGAUGAUGUUGCGAGAAUAUUCGAUGAAUCAAUUUAUUCAGAUCUUGAACUAAGUUGUGGCAAACAAAAGUUACUCACACACUCAUGUUUACUAAAAGUGCGUACUAAUAAAUUUUAUAACAUACUGCAAACAAUUUUGCAUGUCAAUGUUAACCAACAUAUCUUUGAUGAAAUAUAUUCAUUCGUAAGUGAUGUUUACACCGAAUGCAAUAUAAAACAUCAAGAAGCUGAAAUUCUACAAUACUUGGAUGAAAAUCUACUGUUUGAGAAAAAGGAUGCUUAUUACUUAAGCAAGGAAGAUUUAACAGAUGACAAUGAAAUAUUUUCGACACCAAAAUGUCUUAGUCCUUUUACUGAACAAGAAUUAAAGGGUAAUACAUUGAGCCCAAAUACUGAAUUGAAGAAAGAGUAUUAUGCAUUAGUGCCAUUGGAUGGCCAUUCAUUUGAUCAAGAAAUUGGCGAACAAGACGCUCUGUCGAACGCAUUUCAAUCUAUGAUCAACGCCCAGGCUAAGGAAACUAUUAAGUUGCAACAUUCGCCGCGUAACAAGCCGACAUCAUUGGCUCUUACAUCUAGUCAUACAACUAAGCCUAUUCAACAUUCCAACAGUUGUGAUAAUUUGGAUUGCAAACGCUUUGAAGAUGUUGAUUUCCAAAAUGAAAGAAUAAGUAAAAAGGCAUUUGGUGAAACGUUUUCCCUAAAAAAAUGUAGUGUCGUACCUAACAACGAAUUGGUCGAUAAUUUGAACAACCAUUUAAAAACAUUCAGUAAUGGAGAAUCAGCUGUUGAAAAAACACUAGAACCAUCGUACACACCAGACAGUUUGAUAACUGAUGAACCUAGUUCAUCAUCAGAUUAUUUGUCUGCUACUUACACUUGUCCGCCAGGAAUAUAUUCCUCAAAUUGCCAACCACUUACAAAUACUGGGGAUUCCUUCACUAAAAUGGAUUGUAUGUUUACACCAUCAGAUUCGGGUGUAGAUAAUGGACUAUUAGAAAGCCAAAGUAGUCAUCGCGAUAUCACGUUGACUGAUUUAUCUUUAACUGAAAGUGCCAUACAAGACUCUUCAUCUGAUGAUUUAAAGCAGAUAUUCGGUGGUGCAAAUCCAACCGACAACGACUUAUCAAAAUAUAGAUAUGCUCAGUCAGACAAGGCAUCUUUAAGUAGUACAUCUACUGAAACUAGUAGUGGGCAAAUCGUAUGUCGGCCGAAUGAGGAGAGACCAAUGGUCCGGACAAUGGAUCUUCAAUCAUCAAAGGAAGAAAAACAACGACAAAAUGAGGAGAUUGUUAAUCUAGAAUCUUCUUCCGUGUCAUCUGAAACUGGCUCUUGGGAAUCGAUAUUUCCUCCAAAGUUAGCUGAAAAGGCAAUAUGCGAGCAGUUUAUCUCUCAAGAAAAACAAUUAUCUAUCCAUCAAACUGCUAUAACUAGGACGCGUAUUACUGAUUAUAUGGUAAAUAGCUCCCAAAGCUUAGUGCAAAAAAUGCCUAUUCCAUCUGGUUCCUGUUUCAUAGACGCUGCUAGCUUAAUGGAUGAAGAUGAGAUUGUGGGAAUUGAAGAAAGUCAGUUAUAUUUUGACAAUUACAAGAAUCGGGAGAUUAACAAAGCUGAUUCUGUUCUACCAGCUGUAAACGAAACACCUAGUACAAACAAUCAAAAUGAAGCCGGUAAAAACGAUCAGCAUAACGAAACCGAUAGUUAUUCUGAAAGACAAACCAAAGCAGAUACAAAUGGUUUUGUCGACUGGAAAUCGCUUCAAGAAAGGCAUAAAAAUAGCUCGUCUGUUACAAAUGAAUGUAAAGAACAGUUUAAUUCUUCACAUGAUCUUGGUAAAGAAGUAAACAAAUUUACUGCACUUACAUUGGAUACUCCACAUAAUUCAAUAAAUGUUUCACAUCCAUUACAACAGAAAAAGUCAACAGAUAUUGAUAAAAUAAACAAUGAUGAAAAUAAUUGUUCACCGAAAGAAGAUAAACCAGCGAAUGAAGAAAAAUCUAGUCACACAUUUUACAUCGACUUCUCCAGUUUACCUGAUCCACUCCCCGCAGAGGAUACCAAAGCUAGUGAAACGCAGUCAGAGAAAAAGAACAUGUUUUCAAUGUUUAUUGAUCUAGGAGAAACAUCAAAAUUGAAAAAAAUACCUGCAAGGCUUUCGUCUCUGUUUCCCCCGAAGAAGAAUGCAAAAGAAAAAUCACUGAUUGAACAAAAUAGUACAGCAUCUUUUGAGAGUUGCGAGAUGUUAUGCAAAGAUACUUCUUUGACAAUAUCAGAAAUUGUUGCCAUUCAUAACCGUAUGGAAUCUGAAAAGCAAACGGUUUGUGCUAAACAAUCCGAGCCUUUAAAAGACAAGCCUAUGGAAUCGAUAUCAGAAAACGUUGUUGAUAAAGUGACAAAUACUAAGGAUUCUGACCUUUUUGUGAAGCUCUCGGAUUUAGACAAGACUCCGAUGAAAGCCGAUUUUUCGCGGAUCUUGCAAAGAAAUAGUGAAGGAUUGGAUGUAAGGAUGACAAGAUCGAUACCAGACAAUAACUGGCGGGUUAGUCAUACAUCAACAUUUAGAUCUACAGAAAUCGUUAGCUCUUUCCAUUCUGAGAAUGCAUUGAGCUUAAAUCGUUUAUUCCCUCACUUGAAAGAUCAAUUGGUUAGUAGAAGUAUGCCUGGAUCGCAAAGACCUCUGUACUAUUCAAACACGGGAGGGACUUCUGAUUCUGAUGAACUGGUAUCAUAUACAACCAAUGAACAAACUACAGUUGCCCGAACAACUGCUUUAACAACUGUUUCAGUGAAAGAUACAACUACAGCUCUAACUGGAGAAGAAUUAGCAAAAUUGUAUGAAUUAAUGGCAUCCUGUCAAUCACCAUUAGGACAAGAUUUAUUGAGGAUGUUCAUCGAGGAAAUAGCACCUGAUGUUUUGGUUGAAUGCAGUGGAAGGCGAAUUAAGGCACACAAAUGCAUAUUAAUUUCAAGAUGUCAGUAUUUUGCUGGUAUCUUGAGCGGCACUCGGAUUGAAGCUGCAGGCAAUGUUAUUAUGAUGCCACCGUUCUCUCAAGAAGUAUUCCUAUUUGUUCUUUGCUACAUUUACUCCGGCAUAUCAGUAAUACCAAGUACAAUGAAUAUCGUUGAACUGGUAACGCUGAGUGAUAUGCUGCGUUUGGAAGGACUUAAAGAAGCAAUUAUGCUUAAUCUAAAAACGAAAUAUUGCCAUCACUUCCAUAGUCCUUGCGAUGUUUGCAUAGCCGGCGUGCUUGAAAGUUUUCAUCUAUCAUCGAUGUAUUCGUUGGACGAUCUUUGUCAUAAAUGUCUAGAGUGGAUCACACAAUAUUUUCCAGUAGUGUGGCCUACAAAAGCUUUUUCAACAAUGAAUGAUUACUUAGUGGAAAAAUGUGUCAGAGCUCUGGUGGAUGACAUCGCACCUGAUACCUUUGUGCCAAUAGUGUUUGGAUUGGGAAUGACAUUGUGUGCGAUGGAGGGCAUAAAAUGGGCAAAGAACACCGAGAAGCAUUGUCAUCGUGUGAUGGAAACUGCAAUCAGGUAUGCUGCGAAAAACCUUGAGAUGCUAAUGAAGGAGAUGGCACCUUUAUCGGCUGAUGCCCAUAAUGCGGCCCAAGAAGCUCUAGAGAAGUGCAUGAAGUGUGCCAUCGAAAGAGCGCCGGGAGAGGAACUUUGCCGGACAUACAUUUUGUUGGGUGAGCUGAUAGAGGAACAAGGAGACAGCGGCGCACUGUAUGAACAAAGAUCAGAACCUCGAUCGAUCCUGUAUGUCUACGGGUACUACUGGCAAGAUUGCUGCGAAAGCGCUUUGGCAUGCGCGUCACCGAGGGUUGCUCGAACUCAAGCAUACAAGGACUUACCUUAUGAGCUCAAACGAAAGUUGCGUUUGCUUAGUCCGCAAGAUGCCCUAAGUCCCAUGAGAAAUAAAGACGUUUAUACAAACGUGAAAAGCGUCAGACCCCAGCUGGCUAUUCCACAGGCGGUAACGCCACUAUCUAAAGUGGUCCCCAAUAAAACGACGGAACUUAAAAAGUCGCCUACGACCUGCAUUUCGGCUGUGCGUACAACUAAAGCCCAGGAGCAGAGGACAAAGUUCAACAUAUUAAAAAAGAAACUAACCGAGGAACGCGAUAAUAAUAAUAGAGGCGCUAUCCCUCGUCAAAACUUCUCUCCGAAGAGGCGAUCCAAAUCAACGGAGGCCAAAAAUGCGAAAACUGACAAGAAAGUUCCUUCUCAGGGAACGGCUGCUCAAAUGAAUUCGUCAGGAAACUCCAGCCCAAAUGAUUCCGCAAAGGAGAAAUUGUCCUCACGCAGCAAUGUAGCCGGACCAUCGCGCCCGAAGACCGCUGAUCCUACUCCCGAAGCGGUUAAUGAAAACAACAUGUAUGCUACAUACACAAAAUCGUCUCGCCCAAAGAGAGAAUCCGGUGAACGUACACUCCCACAAACUAAGCUGCCUACGUAUAAAUAUUCGUCGAUUUCACAUAGGCAUCAUGAUAUGUCUGAAAACAUGCCUGGUACAUCAAAACGUCCAGACGUCUUCAAGGCUUUGCCUUCUACAUCUUCAGCGAUCCCUGCACCGGUGCAGAAAUACGAUGAACCUGCGAGGAAACUGUGCAGUCUGGUCAAACCACGCUCUAACAAUCAACUGUUGAAAGACCAAUCUGGUUCAUUGAACGUUCAACAUUCUGAACGCAUGUCCUGUACUUCACCGCUGAGAGGAUCUUCAGCGCCGAUUCACAAGGAGGUAUCUAAGGAAGUCGCUGGUCCUUCGAGCCGACCGCUAUCGUUCAACGUACCAGUGCCGAAAUGCGACCACUACUCGAACCGCUUGGAUAAAGGAGCUCUAAACAACCGACCUCCAGCAGCAAAAACUCCGACUGUACAUAAGAUGAGUGGAUCCUUUACAAAAGCUACUAAAUCCAGCCAAGCUAAAGCUGUCUCGAAAGUAAACAAUGAUGGAAAUGGAAUAUCAAAAUUCGCGAAACAACCAGUGAAACCCAACAAUAGACAGGCCGCUGCUCGUAACGGACGACCUCUGAAGGACCGGUCGCGCACCUGGUCAAAAGACGAACCUAAAGACGACAUUGACGAUCAAGCAUUCCAAGAGGAUCAUUAAAUAUAUCUGCUUAAUUUACUCGUCUUAUAGCUGUUUUAUCUGUAUAUGUGUCUAUAGUAUGAUGUAUAUUUUAAUAUGAAUGUCUAUAUGUGUAUAAUCACCAGUUACUUAAAAAUUGUAGUAGAUGAAUAUUAAUAUUAAUCAAGUCGGAAAUUACGAUUAAGGUUAACGCGCAUUUGUGUCAUCCUCGUCUACCGGGUACCAGCCCGUCUCGUCAUCACUUCGACGUUCAUUCCACGACACCUAUACUUCGCCGGUAAGAACGGGAUAAAGAUAAACAUUUGUUAGCAAAAUAAUGUCAUUUCCAGUCGCCCACUUGCCACUCGUCGAUUUUGCAGAAAAAAAUGAAUUAUUUCGGUUCCACGAUAAAAUUCAAAACAAAAGCAUAAAUUUGAGAUUGUCAAUUGUAAUUUUCGAGUUACAAUCGUAAUAGAAAAUUAGAUUAAAACGAAGUAAUGACGCAGAUAAAAAGUUUUUAAAACUACAAAUACAAUUUAAGAAAUAACGGUAGAAAAUAAUUGUGACUUUAUAAGUAAUUUAAAUUUUCUUUAUUUUGGACGAAAGCGCGUUAACCUUUAUUCAUAACUUCUACAAAUUAAUUCUCAACAAGUUUCGUAGUUUAGUUAAUUGUCGAACAUUGAUGUUGAUAUAUCAGAUAUUCAUGAAUUAAAUUAGACUCUCCUAUGGCUUAAACUUUAAACUUAAGAAAUAGCUUAAGUCCCCUCUGUCUAUAAACCUCCACUCGUAUAGAAAUCUAAAUGUUUAUAAUAGUUUUAUGUAAUAGCAAAGAGCUUCGCAAUUAUUAUUAGCGCCUAUUAUGAUAGACGAUUUGAUCGUAUUUUAUUUACUAUCGAUGUGCUAAAGUUGUAAAUUAUUUUUUUUAAUUUGCAGAUUAUUGUAAAAUAAUUCAAAUCUCUUUUACACACGUAUGUAUUGUAAGUUAUAUGACUAAUGACAUUAUUAUUUAUUUUUUAUUUAUUG